AUGAAGUUCACCACUCCAACCAUCCUCACACUCGGGUGCCUCCUCUCCAAGGCUGCCGCCGACUUCCACAUCGGCGCCUGGCUCGCCGGCGACAACCAGAUCGGCGGAGUCGAGUACAACGCCAUCUGCCCGUCCGACUACUGGAACUGCCAGUGCUUCGUGCAGGGUGACCGCCGGUACGACGUCUACCCGCGCAUCGGCGAGCUCGGGAGCGGCUACAAUGGCGACCCCACCUUCUGGUGGGCCAAGAAUGUGUGCGGCGUCAGCCAGCUUAACUUCUACUACCUGGACAGCGGCAUCGUGCAGGGAUACAUCGACGGCGGCGACGGGAGCGUGGUGGCCAAUUGCUACCACCAGUCUCCGGGCACGGAUGUGGAGUGUGAUGGGAAUGCGGGUGCUUGGUUGGAUUGGUGGGUUUGCUAUAGUUACAUUUGCAACCCCUAG